AAAACAGCAAGCAGCUUUUGCAAGAAGGCGUGCAGUACAAGGCCGUGACGCCGCAUUUGACGUUUUCACCCUUUGACAAGCCGCAUGAGCUGCUGUACUGCUACCGGACGAAUCCCACCAGCUAUUGCCACUGCUUGCUGAUUAUCAACUGUAAAAAUGUCUGGGUCUGGGAGAAUUCAUGUUUGUCAUGCAUGUCUGGCAUACCUCUUAGAUCUGUCAUGCACGUUACCCAAGAGCUCCGUUUUUCUGUGAUGCAGAAGCGCAGUUUGUCAUGCAGAAUAGGCAACACCUAGGAGCUCAGAAACUUGUCAUGCUGAGCCACCAUCUCUAGCCUCAUCAUGAGACGCCACCCAGCACCACAAGUUUCCAGACCCAGACAUUUUUACAUUUGAUACUGAUCGGCUUACUGUGCCCGCUUUUCUGCCGCACGACCAAGGAACAGGGGAAGGACGUGCAGGUGCUUGCCUUGCAAGACGACGAGCAAAAUUCGCAGCGGCGGAAGGACCUGAAAAUGGCUGCGACAUACUACAAGCACUUCGUCAAGCAUGACCGCUGCACGACCAGGACAACUUCAGAGCAUAAGGAAGGACCUGCAAGAAAAACUUCCUCCGAGAGUUUUGAAAAAGAAAAGGCAAAACAAGCGGAUAACUACCCAAAACCACUAGCAGUCGCGAAGAAGACGGCUAAACCCUCGCCAGCGAACAAAUCGAACUCGUCUACAACUUCCCUUCUGGGGUUUUUCACGAGGACCAAGUCAAACCCUGCGGAAGAAGUUGAUGUUGAUGAUAGCACGACUGCCCUCAAAGGAGCUGACGAAACGGGGAACGACGGGGAGAAAACGAAAAAACUGCUCCUGGAUGCUGGCGAUGAAGCAAGUUCCGACAACCAGCCUGAGAAUUUUCUCGUGGAGCGCAUUCAGCACAAGAUGCCCGAAAAGGUGAUGGUGGGUGAGCACCCCGAGAAUAAGGGUUUUCUGAAGUUGCAGCGGGUGCAGCGCGAAUCCACGUUGAAUGUCGAGGCCUGGAUCUGCAACGAAGAAGACGCCUUACUUCCUCUACCCAGCUCCCUCACUGGGAUUCAUUUCGGUUGGGGUUUAGCCGGGUACCUGGAGAAAUUUAUCGUGUCCAACAAAAGAGGAAUUAUUCUGAGCCCCGCUACGCCUGCGACGGAUCGCCCUGACGAAAAGAUAAACAAGCGCGUUGCGGAAGAAUUCCGCCAGCUUCAGCAGCCCGCGGCGCGCGCUGAUAUCAACCCUGACACCAGUAGUUCCUCGUCCGUCAUCAAGAAGGGGGCCGUAAAAAAUCCAAGCCUCGCGACAUCUUCAUCAACCGGCUCAGGUAAAAUGAGCUCUUCAUCUACUUCUCGCCCCACAUGGAUGCGGACG